AUGCCUGCCGAUCUGCAACAGCAGUAUAGCUUGCUUACUCAAGAAGGAGAAGCACAAGACGAGCACAACAGCAUCGAGAACCCAAGAAGUAGCUCUACAUAUGAAAUUCCCUUGGGGCCAUUUCUUCAGAAACACCCAGCCUGGACGAGGCUUACAAAGUUGGCCCUUAUCCAGGUCGGCAUUUUGGUAGUCUAUACAGUUCUUUUGUGCGCUAUUGGGAUUUUUAUAUUCCCAGAAAUCUUUCACCAGUCACGCAACCCGUACGAUUUGAAGUAUAAUGCACUGAAUGAUGCAUACCGCUACCAGGUUCGAGAGGUGGAUUACAAUUUCAACACCACGAACCCCUUCAAUGGCGCGCCUAUCGCAGACAUUGAGGAGGAGUGGACAUAUCUGAUGAAUGGAGCACACACUUUACGGGUACCGGAGGCCGACAUGAAAAAAAUGAACAUGACAUCUAUUCAGGUGAAUGAUGGUUCCGGGGAUUACCUUGCUGUGCCUAUUGGCUAUCACAUGCUUCACUGCUUAUACAACAUCUAUCGCUAUGCGCACCCUGAGUUCUACGGCGAAGACGAGGGUGGGCCGGCGUGGAUAAUGAAGCACACAGAUCAUUGUGUCGACAAUCUGCGACAGUUCGUUCAAUGCCACGUUGGUACAGGGUUUGAGACCUACAAAUGGCUCGAUACACGCAAGAUCCCUUGGCCUGUGGUGAGCACGGAGGAAGUCUGUGUCGACUGGACGCACUUUGAUGGAUGGGUCCGCGAGCGAGGCAUCCCUGCUAAGGACAUGGCAACGUGGCGAGAUGGAGCUCUGGUUAGCCAUCCGAAGUACGGUCCGGUCUAUGGGGAGGAUUACUAUAAUCGCACACUGCCAGGGCCAGAUCAUCCACAUUGA